AAAUGUCAUACUAUAAUCAUCGUUUGCUGAAGAAAUCGCAGCAUCGCAUCGCGAUGAAUUCGUGCAGAAAGAAGAACGAGGAGGUAUUGGCGAAGGUCUUGGACUUAUUCCUACUGCCGGAUUACAACGUCGUCUCGCCAACCUACUUGGAUCAUCUGCUCACUCAUAUUGCGGAGAACACGAAGGAAUGCGCUACAGUUGAUUAUGAAUACUGCGAAGUCUUUCAAGAAUGGAUACCAAAGGCUUUAGCGAUAUGGGAGACUGGACAGAAGGCUUCGCACCCUGUGAUUACAUUUACUCUGAAACUAGUGGGGAUUAUCUCGCGGCAUGAAUUACGUUACCACUAUUGGCACUGCCAGGACGUGUAUAAUCGACUGUAUAAAAUUCUGCAGUUGCACAGAGAGGAUUUGCCUGCGUCCAUUAAAAUGGCAUAUACCACAAUGCUGUCAGACUUGAUUGUCCAUCGAAGCGGCAGACAGUGGGUGAUACAAUCUGGUGUUUGGAAGGAUGUUGUAAAGUACGCACAUUGGAAUCAAACAAUGUAUGUUACCAGGGAGAGCCAGAAAUUCUUAUGGACCUUGCUGUUGCAUGAACAUAAGAACGUCGAGGCUUGCAAAGAGAUCAUUUUAGCAGUUGCUGCUCCUUUGAUGAGCAAUAUUUUGGAUGGACAAAUGCACCAGGCUCUGGAGGAAACGUAUCUGGAACAGAACAAGCUGUUGUGUUCCACGUUGAAUUUAUUGACUAACAUCCUGGAGAACACUCUGUUCGCAAGUCUAGACAAUAGCAUUCCCGAGUUGAUCGAAAGACUUGUAGACCUCGAAAUGCGAGUGAAGGCGUUGUUCGAAGCCUGUAUCAGCACUAGAUUCCUCCAACAUGUGCACAAACUAUUACUACUGUCGCUAUUCUUGAAGCUGAAGCAAGGAAUUAAGGAGCACACCACAGUGAUCGAGACCGAAGCGUGGCACAAGUUCUGCUACGGUAUGUGUUACAUUUUUAUGAUGCUGUUAUCGAAGAAGGACAUCAUAGAACUAGUGAAGAACAAUAAGUUCUCUAUGACAUAUUGGAAAAAGCUGCUUGCGUUACAUGAAUUUGUUCUGCCAGAGCAGCAUAAGUUUGAGCAUCAAGCCAUCGCCAUAAUGAUAAUACCACUAUGCGUUUGUAUAAAGAAGAAUCAUUUGAAUCACGAUCUCUUCGAUAUGUUCAUUAAUAAAAUUUUCGACGUAACAUGUAUGCCUGUACAAAGAUUACUUUACAACAUGAGGGACAUUAUACGGAAGAGUGAUCUUCCGAUGGAGCAAAUUUGUAAAGUUUCUAUCGAUCUACUCCUUGAGAUAUCAGACAUAAUGGAUAGAGAUGUCGCUGUGAUCACUUUCCAAGCUUUAAGUCACGUUUUGAAAAGUUACAUGCCGGAUAUAUGGGGAUGUGGGCAAGCGAGAAACUGUACGGCAGACAUAAACAGUACCUCUCCUUCAGAGCAUCCGCGAAAGCUUUUGUACAAAUCGAUAUUGGAUGGUGAUCCCAUAGUCGAUUCUCCUAUUCUAUUGGCAUCGCUGCUUGAUGGCUGUUGCGUGGAAACGAUAUGUAUGUUGUCCCUCGCACAGGAGAUUCUCAAUCAUCCCGGAAUAUUACCAACGAUCUGUGUGAAAGCAUUGAAACUGUGCAAGCUCGCCAUCCAUAACUUUAUGCCGCCUAAUUUGGCAUUACUCGUGGAUUCAGAUAGCAACAUGAACGAGAUUGGACCUACGCUCUUCAAAAGAUUGCACGAUCCCAACUGGGAGGUGAGAGACAGUGUUCUUGAGGUUCUCAACACCAUCGCGACUAUUUCUGAAGACAAAUAUCCGGCAUUCCAGGAUUUUCUGUUGAUCAACCAGUUUCCAACAGUGGCGGUCGAGAUCAUUAAAACAGACAACGAGAGUUAUGUGCGAGCGUCAGCAUUAACAUUUAUCGCGACUAUGGUACGCAUCAGCAAGCUGUGGAAGCAGCAAUUGUCACAAAAAAAUUUAACCGAAACGGCGAUUUAUCUACUCAAAGACGAGAGCGAAGCGAUAGUCAGAAGAGAUGCUGUGAACCUAAUUAAGGAGUUGUAUGUUCAUCAGAAGUGGUCGAAAGAAGUCAUUGAUUCAAUGUUGCGAGCGAUGUGCAUGGCGGCUGUGUUUGAUCUGCACUGGGAGGUGAAGACGAAUGCAUUAUCCUUUUGGGACCAUUUUGUCAAGUCGCACUUGACGGAUCAGGGAAUGCUUGACGACUCGUUCCCGAACGUAACGUUCUCCAAGGAGCACAGAAAGAUCGUAUCAUUGAACGAAACCGAAAUUAAGCGAAGACUUAAUAAAGCACUGGACGAGUUAGCCAGGCAAAGUUGCCUAGGAGUACUUCUGGUUACUCUGAAGGACGAUAGCGAUUUCGAGGUGUGCAAAGCGUCCGCCGCGAUAAUCAGCAAGUUAAAAACCUGCCUACUCAAAUAUAAAUUGGACGAACCGCCGUCGCCGGUGGAAAACCACGCGACUAUAGACACCGUCUAUGUUAAAGAAACAUCGCCCGUUUCCUCGUCUAUCUACGACAAGGAAUCGCGAAAUGCCUCACACGUUAUUGAGGAGAUCGUGGACGCAAACGAUGCCAAUCUGCUCGCAACCAUCUACAAGAACUCGAUGAACAUGGACGCCGAGAUGACGACAGAGGAAGAAGAGAAAGAGGAGAAGAAAACACUCCGUUAUAUCUCGUCCGUAACUCGCCAGGAUUUCCUCCACGCGAUCUUCAACUGCGACAUUGACGCUUACAUCGAGGAGAAGAAUCGCUGGCUAAAGACAUAUACCAGUAGCUUUGAGUCGAUUUUGGACGACAUAUUGACGAUGUCUAAGCAGAAUGACGUCAACUCGAUGGACUGCUACUGAACUCGUGGCAAUGUCGCUUUACGUGUGUCUUAACACAUUAUAGGCCGGUCGUCUAAAAUUAGAUAUUAUGAAGAUCAACAUUAAACGACUGGUUUUCUAAAGAAGAGUUUUUGUUAUAAAAAACAUUUUAGAGUAUGUACUUAAAUACACAGGCAUUGUCAAUUACCUCUAUUCUAGUCUGUAAUCAUUCUCAUUUUCUUAAACUAUUGCAUCUAUUUCCAAAACACCAAAUUUUGUCGACUACAGCACAAAAUAUCGCCGGUCGAUAAUGUGUUAAGCAACAAUAUGACGUGCAUUCUUUUCUUACAUUGGACGACAUGUUGAUUGUACAAUUGUCAAAUAUUGCAUAUAUGAAGUUAUUGUAUAUAUUUGAAUAUGUUCUUGAAAUCAAGUUAAAAUCGAGCGGUGGAAAUUUAUUUUUAAUUUCUAUGAAGC